AUGAAUCAUUCAGAGCUUUAUAUCAGGAAUGAAAAUUCUGUGUUGCAUAUAAAAAGUGGGAAAUAUGGGUCUGGAUAUUCUAAUCCUCAACAGUGUUACAACAGUCAAACAGGAGAGCAUCAUCGAUGGCAGCAGUGGCAGCUGAAUUAUCAUGAAGCUGCCAUCUUUUUACAAGAGGGGAGCAACAAUGACAAAUUCAACACACACCCUCGAUCUCAUGAUUCUCUUCCUGCCUAUGAGGUGGCUCAUAACUGCUGGUUUCACACACUUGAUUUAAUAGCAGCAAUAGCCAUAUUGCUACUGGCAUUAUGUGAACGUCCAGCAGUUAACUUCCUUUCUCUGCCCGUUGGGGUACAUGGAUCAUUGGAAGUGCUGUUUCUCCUCUUCCUUAGCCUUGAGCUUUUCAUCAGAUACAAGUGGUUAGGAUUUUACACAUUUCUGCAUCACAAACGCACUGUGGUCAAGCUGAUGCUGGUCCUCCUAAUGAUGACAGAAGCACUUGUGGUAUUGAUCAGGCAGACUAACCAUUUUCGAGUUACACGAGCUCUGAGGCCUCUCUUCCUGAUUCUCUAUUACUGUAAAGGUAUACGCAGGAUCACUCGCCAGAUAUUGAUGUCCUUGGCUCCAAUCUUGGACAUGAUCAUCUUGCUCCUAUUCUUCAUGCUUAUCUUCUCCAUUCUAGGGUUUCACUUGUUUUCGCAGGUUCCUAGUGACCCAUACUUCAAAACAAUCCAAGACAGUUUCAUUAGCCUUUUUGUUCUGCUGACUACAGCUAACUACCCUGAUGUGAUGAUGCCAGCAUAUUCCGUCUCCAGGUACUAUGCCCUCUUCUUUAUCACCUACUUGUCACUGGAGUUGUACUUUUUAAUGAAUCUUUUGCUGGCUGUGGUGUAUGAUGCAUUUUCCAACUUGGAGAAGAGCAAGCUAAAAGCAUUGUUUCUUCAUAAACGAGAAGCUUGCAUGCAUGCCUUUCGCCUACUGGUAACAAAACAGAAUUAUAACAAGCUUUCCUUACGGCACUUUGUAGGCAUGAUGCAUUAUUAUAGUCCUAGACGAUCAAGGAGAGAUUGCUACCUGCUGUUCAAACUCUUGAACACAAGCAAGAGUGGGAGUCUAAGUUUGGAGGAAUUUUUUGGUAUUUAUGAUCAGGCUGGACUAAGCUGGAAUGAGAAAUGUGACAAAAGACUCUGGUCAUCAAAUUUCCGUCAUCCAUGCUACAAAGUACUUAGAGGAAUACACUGGCUUGUAACCUGGCCCUACUUUGACUAUUUUAUAUAUGUUGUCAUCGCAGCUAAUUUUUUGUGGAUUCUAGGUGAAACAAUCAACAUUUCAGUCAGAAACAUAAAUGUGAUGUCCUAUGACUUCACAUCCAGCUGGACUUCAAUUACAUUUGUUUGUUUUUACUGCAUUGAGGCUAUGCUAAAAAUCAUCGGUCGAGGAAUACCUGAUUAUUUCACACAUGGAUGGGACGUAUUUGAUUUCUUAGUGACUGUAGUGAGUGUAAUAGGCGUUUUUGGUGAACUCUUUGAGACAUCUUUUUACUACAUCAUGGUUCUUCGUCCUUUUCGCCUUCUCAGAUUGUUUAAGAUCAAACGUCGUUUCCGUGAUGUGCUUGGCACUUUGUUUGUGCUGUUCCAUCGGCUGAUAAGUCUUGUUUUUGUGAUAAUCUUGGUCUACUACUUUUAUGCCAUCUUGGGCAUGGAGAUUUUUCUUGGCUAUGACCUUCGCAAUUGCUGCAAGAAUUCAAGUGUUGAGGAUUUCUACAUGUAUGAGAAUAAAACCUUUCAAGGCUUCUACUACUUAAACAGUUUUGAAAAUCUUCUUGUAUCUGGUGUGACACUGUUUGAACUGACAGUUGUAAACAACUGGUUUAUAAUCAUGGAAGGCUAUGCUCAUGCAAUCAGCGAGUGGACCCGCAUUUAUUUCAUGCUGUUCUACAUAGUCAUGAUGGUGGUAAUGAAUAUUGUUGUGGCCUUUGUGCUGGAGUCCUUCAUGUUCCGCAUCCAGUAUCGGAGACAGAUGGCUGUGGAGGAUAUUGAAGAAGACCAUGGGAUUUACAAAGAGGAAGUAACUCUAAGUGAAGAAGAGCUGCACAUGUGUAGAGAAGAAUCAGCACCGCUAACUGGACACUAUAUUGCUGGCUCACCGUCAGAGCAAAAAUAUGUUUUUUAUGGAGAGAAGACCCGCAGCAGAGAAGACUUCAGUCUGCUUAUGUACCAUGAUGAAGUAAAGCUUUGGGUGGAGGAAUUUAAUCAAUCCCGUCAAGCAACCAUUGAAGCGCUUGAUAAAUUAAGGGUUCGGGAGCGACCUAAUUGUCAUAUCAUAAAUGGUUACCAUGAUGCCAUUGCAAGUGAAGCUCUACCUCCACCAAAUCAUGAUGAAGCUUUUGCUUAGAUGGACAGAAGAAAUGACAUUAGUGACACUGGCUUCUACACUGAUCUGUUGCUUAACCCUGUGACUGUGCCUGGGACUAUGACUUUUUGUCAAUGGCAUUUCAAACAGGAAAAUGCAUCUGUGAUAUGUACAUAGUUUUAAAAUUGCACGUAUUGUUCAAAAAUAUAUUUAUGUACCUGCUUUUGUUUAACAGCUAGCAGUGGCUUUAUGAUUUUAUGCAACUAGUCUCUUCUUGUUCCCCUUACAUCCCUGACAAUGUGUAAUUCUGGGGCAUUUAGUCAGCACAUUGAAAGUUUAUAAUAGCUGGUCAUCUAAGGAUUUUUCUUAAUUGAACUUAAGUAGUUUUGGCUGUUGUAUGGUCUAAUACCAUCCAGUCAUGUCUUGGGGCAGCUCUUGUUUUCAAUAUUUGUAUGAAACAUAAAUGUUUUAUUUACUUGUUAAUUUCUUUGAGAGCAGAUUCUUUAUGAUCCUUUUAUGAUUUUUUUCACAGUGCAAUGCAACAUUCCUCAAUCAAAUGUGAAAUACCUGAAAUUUGCAUGUAGGAAAUUUUGUUUGGCAUGAAUAGAGUGAUGUCUCUUCACCUAACCGGCUGAAGGUGGCUGUGCUCUGUGGUAUUUUUGUCUUAUCUGACGUAUUUUUCAUAUUGCACUUAUGCAUGUUUUUGACAUGUCUAUCAUGCUUUUGGAAUCAGGUGCCCCUUCCAUAUUGAUGGCUUCGGUUACUUUUUGACAUGAAGACAUCAAGAUCAGCGUUGUUCCAGUCUUCAGUUCCAUAUGACCUUUGUUGAUCAAUGAAGUUUAAAGUGUGUUGGGGCUUGUCGUUCCAGUGCGACUGAUGCUUCUGUUGGAUGUGAUGCUUCAAACUGCAUUUUCUAUAUAGAUGAGUCUUCUUUCUUGUAUAUGCACGAUAUUUGGGUUGUAGAUUGUGGUUCAUGCUAGGUGUGGAUGCUAUACCCUUUGGCGUGGAGUACUUAGUCAGCUACCACCUACAUUAUUUUGUUGUCAUCUUAGUUACUUCAGAACACUAUCAUUUGUUGAAGUGUCUUGAGCUUGCCCAUAGGGCAGAGAUAUGGCACUGUAUAAGCAUACUGUAUUAUUAGUAAUAAUACAUGCAGUUGUGUUGUUUGACCCCAGCAACCUCAUGGCAUGCAUGACAGCACUUUUGUUGUCACACUUAGUUAAAAUAUUUGUGGGUUCCUGGCCUGUGUAGUUAUUGAAAAGGUACUUGAACACAGUUUUAUGAGCUCAUUCUUUCACAAUAAGUUUCUUGUUUCCCAAAUGCUUCAUUGCACUUGAGUAAUACACCAUUACAAUCUUUACUCCCCUGAAAAGGUACAUGACUCAAUUAUCUACCUUCCACUAAGCAUUAGACCUGAGCCAGUGUCCUACAGCCAUGUGACUAUGUUUUGUUGCAAUGGUUUACCAUCCCCCCAAAAAAUGUGAGAAGAAUUUAUUUCAUUUCCACAAAAGUGAUUUAGAGUAGACUUUGUGAAAUAAAUGUGGAAGUGUUGUAAUUAAUGGAAGUCCAUGGUAAGUAUGCUUAUUACAAUAGCUGAAUUAAUUCCACAAAAUCUCAUGUUAGAAAAAAAAAGGGAGGAUCUAUUGAUAUAAUUUGCUUGACGAAAAGGGAGUAGGUAUGCAGUGGAGGUAAGGCAAUGAAUGAGAAAGCAUAAAUGUAAAAUGCAUUUUUAGAAAAGUGAGCACAAUAUAUACAUGAACUACUGAAACUUGUAAUCAUUUCAUACAGAUUUUGUGAGAAUCUUAUACAAAUCGUCAUCUACUAGGAACUGUUAAUGCCUCCCCAACAUGCACCCACACGUUUGAUAGAUAACAUGAACACACGUUGGUGCACAAUGUUUACUCCAUCUCAGAAUGGUAAGGAGUACACUGAAUGUGAUACAGGCCAGCAUUUGCAGUCUUUUCUGAGAAUAUGACUACACAACAGUGCAAUGACAUUUACUUUUGGACAUCUGCUAUAUCUUCCAACCACAUUUUUUGACUUGUUGACGUCAUAGGCACAUUUCUUUGUAGUCCACAGAAAAAUAUCAAAAUCAAUUCACUUUGCUGGUAAAAAAUUUCCAUUAUUAAAACCCCUAAACUACUUUAUUUUGGGGUAAACUAGCCUUUGUUGAACUUAGUUUGCAUAGUUAUAUAUGCACGUAAACUGUGCACUAUUUGAAAUAUUGAGUGGGUAAUCUUGAAUUUAAAGCAGGUGUGGUGUAGUGUUAGUGUGCUCUACACAAACAAGCCACUUUGUUUUCCAAGAACAUAGAGAAUAAACCAGUGCUUCAUAAGUGAA